AAUAACCCAAUGACGUGUCUACCAAUUAAUAUAAUCUAUGCCAGUUUAUCUUCCUCCCGUCAGUGAGUCGAUAAGCAGACGCCGGUCCGAACGUUCCGUUUAACAAAAUGGCGUUCAAGCCGACAGAACACCAACAUGUCCGCUACAAUCCGUUAAAAGACGAAUGGAUCCUCGUCUCUCCUCAUCGAUGCCUUCGACCCUGGAGUGGGCAAACGGAGCAGCAGCCUGAAGACCAGCCUCCGGACCCCAACAACCCUCUACGAGCUGGUGCUGUCAGGUCUAGCGGGCAGAAAAAUCCAAACUACACAUCCACGUACGUGUUCCCGAACGACUUCCCGGCGCUCCUGGAGAGGGUCCCGGAGCCGCCGCCGUCUGAUCAUCCUCUGUUCCAGUCCGGACCAGCUAAGGGAACGUGCAGAGUGAUGUGUUUCCAUCCGGAUUCAACAAUGACUAUACCACUGAUGUCUGUGGAAGAAAUACAAGCCGUGGUGGAAGAGUGGAUAAACCAGAUGAAGGAGCUAGGCCGCAAGUACAAGUGGGUGCAGAUCUUCGAGAACAAGGGUGCUGUGAUGGGAUGCUCCAACCCUCACCCGCAUUGUCAGAUCUGGGCGUCCAGCUUCCUGCCCAACGAGCCUCGGGUCAAAGAAAGGUGUCAGAGGGAGUAUUUCGAAAAUCAUGGUAAAGCCAUGUUAAUUGACUAUUUGGAACAAGAGUUAGAGAAGAAGGAUCGUAUAGUCAUCCAGAACUCGGAAUGGGUGGCCCUCGUCCCGUACUGGGCCGCGUGGCCGUACGAGACUAUGCUGUUGCCUCUGAAGCCCACGCAGAGGAUGACAGACCUUGACAAAGAACAGAAGAGAAGUCUAGCAGAAAUAAUGAAGUUGUUGAAUACGAAAUACGAUAAUUUGUUCAACUGCAGCUUCCCGUACAGCAUGGGAUGGCAUGGAGCUCCAACCGGCCCUUCGGCGCAACCAGGCGACUCACCGCACUGGCAGCUUCACGGACUCUAUCUACCCCCGCUUCUACGUUCGGCUACCGUGAAGAAGUUCAUGGUGGGUUAUGAAAUGCUCGCCCAACCGCAACGAGAUUUAACGCCCGAACAAGCAGCGGCUAAACUGAGAGAAUGUGAUCAUUUGAAACAUUAUAAAAAUAAAUAAAUGUUUUCUAG